AUGUCUGCAAACGGCCCUCCUGCAGUAGGCCCUCCUCCGCCCAACCCACCACACGCUCCAGGCAACCCUAUGGGCCCUGGUCCUGGUCCUGGUGGUGCCCCACCUGGUCCUGCCAACGCCCCCGCCGGUCCCGCAGGAGGACCAGCAGGUGCCCCCGGCCCAGGCGGUGCUCCUCCUGCGCAAGCACCACCACCACAACAACAACAACCUCCCAUCAUCUCGCCUGCCAUCCAACACCUUGACGCCAUCGACGAACAAGUCUGGCUCCAGCUCGGAUCCCUCGCCGAAUCGAUGGGCGAGCACGACCGUGCCCUCAACGCGUACGAAUCCGCCCUCCGUCAUAACUACCACUCUGUCGCCGCCCUGACUCACAUCGCCGAGCUCCAUCGCACGCGUGAAAACUUUCCCAAGGCUGCAGAUUACUUUCAACGAGUAUUGGCGAUCGAUGGCGCGAGCGGAGAAGCAUGGGGAUCGCUUGGACACUGCUAUCUCAUGAUGGACGAGCUUCAAAAGGCCUACAAUGCAUACCAAAACGCGCUCCACCACCUGCCCAACCCAAAGGACUCGAAACUCUGGUACGGGAUCGGAAUCCUUUACGACCGCUAUGGAUCAGUCGAGCACGCAGAGGAGGCCUUCUCGGCUGUCAUGCGCAUGGACCCAAAGUCAGACAAGGCAAACGAGAUCUACUUUCGCCUCGGAAUCAUCUACAAGGGCCAGCAAAAGUACCCCCAGUCACUUGAGUGCUUCCGCUACAUCUUGCACGCCCCUCCUCGCCCGUUGACCGAAGCCGAUAUUUGGUUCCAGAUCGGCCAUGUGCAUGAACAGCAAAAGGAGUACACCAGCGCAAAGGACGCCUAUGAGCACGUUUUGGCCGAGAACCCUAAUCACGCCAAGGUUCUGCAGCAGCUCGGAUGGCUCUAUCACCAACAGCAGGCCUCCUUCAUGGACCAAGAUCUCGCCAUCACCUUCUUAACGCGCUCCAUCGAGAGCGACAACACGGACGCGCAGUCCUGGUACCUGAUGGGCCGUUGCUACAUGGCCCAGCAGAACUUUAGCAAGGCUUAUGAGGCCUAUCAGCAGGCUGUGUACAGGGACAGCAGGAAUCCCACAUUUUGGUGCUCGAUCGGUCUCCUUUACUUCCAAAUCAACCAGUUCAGGGAUGCGCUGGAUGCCUACAGCAAGGCGAUCCGUAUCAACCCCAACAUCAGUGAGGUCUGGUACGAUCUCGGUACUCUUUACGAGGCUUGCAACAACCAAGUUCAGGAUGCGAUCGAUGCUUACCAGCGCGCAUCUGAUCUGGAUCCAGAGAAUCCUCAUAUCAAGCAACGUUUGGAUUACCUGCGACAGAACAAUGGAGGACAAGGAGGCGGUAUGCCCCCUCCACAUCCAGAGGGUAUGAAUCCUUCUCGCUACCAGUCCAUGGACGGUGCUAAUGGGCAGAACGCGUUUGGCCAGGGUAACACGGUGGCGCCACAAGGCCCUCCCACAGGAAUGCAGGGUUACUCCGAUCGUCCGUAUGCUCCUCCAGUUCCAUUGAGCAUGCCACCCAACUCUAAUGGUGAACAUGUUGGCCAACAUGGCAGAGAUUUGCCAUUGCCAGGAGGACACCCCGAAGGGCCUAGAGAUAUUCAGCAGCAGCAGCAACAACAACAACAUCAACAGCAGCAGCAACAACAACAACAACCUCAUGGAAGGCGCCCAGAGUCUCCUAGCGUCCACGGAAACGACGAGAGACGCCCCAUUAUCCGAGGAGGUGACAGUGGCCCACCACGUCCCCCAACCCCUGCUGGCGGCCCCCAAAUGAUGCAAGGAGGUGACAGACCACCUCAUGGAGGCCCCAUUCAACCUCCUCCACCACGCUCGAUGCAGGGACCUCCCACCCACUCCCCCGGACCUGAUGGUCCUUAUGCCCGUUCUCAUUCACCUGCCAACCGUAACCCCAUUCACGGACACGGCCAUGACCCUCACUACCCUCCCCAGCAGCAGGUGCAGCAGCCACCGUACGGACACGGACCAGGCGGUCCAGUUCCCACUGAUAUCAGGCGUAGAGACCAUGGACAGGAUUAUGAACGACAUGGCACUCCCCCCACGAUCAAACACGAACAACCUCGUAUCCAGCACGACCGUCAUCGUUCAGAGAACAUGCCCCUGCAACAAGGUCAGGGUCUUGACCGGGACCAUCCCAGCAACCGCCCUCCCCUCCCUCGCAGCUACCCCUCUGAUCCUCAGCAGCAGCGCACAUCAACUCCACCUGUCGACGGUCGUCAGCAUCCAAGUGGACCCUCUCCUCAUUUGCAGUACCCACAGCACCCUCCAUCGAAUGAGAGACCUCGCUCGCCUGCCAGUGGUGGUCAUUAUGGUCCAGGCGGACCAGUGGUCGACGAGCGGUCUCAGCAGGAAGGCAUGCACCACGGUUACCGGACUAACCCACCCGAAGCCAACUACGACGAAGUCCAGGUCCAAGGACGAGCUCCUCGUCACCCGGAUUCGAACGGUGGUGAGAGCUACUAUCCUGGUCAGCAGAGCCCCAAACCUGGCCCUCCUAUGAGGGAUCGGGACAUGUCGCCUCCUCAACAAAAGCCCUCCCGGGAGUUGCCAGGUCCGGGUCAAGGUCAGAGUCAAGGACAGGGACAAGGGCAAGGACAAGGGUACGGACAUGAGGGUCAUCGCUGGGCUGGGGAGAGACAUUCUCCUUCGCCUGCUCGGAGGGAGCAACAGGAUCAGGAUGAGAUUGCUGCAUCGUUGGUGUCUUUGAGUGGCACUGGAAUGCCAGGACCUCCUCCUCCUCGCCAUGUUCCUGAAAGUGAGGAUCACGAGAUGGAGGAUGUCAGGGAUGCGUCUGCUGCACCUGUGAGUCGUUCACAUUCUGUCUCCCAUGGCCAGCCUGAAUCUGACACCCGUCGCCAACAGCACGAGUCCCUUGACAACGAUAUCGACGACCACCACGGUGACGUGACCCAACAACAACAGCAACAACAACAGCAGCAGCAUAUGCGCCUGCAAAGUAACGACAGUGGUCGUGGCUCCGUGGAUCCUGAGAGAAAGUCAAGCACUUCUGGACCCGCUACUUCGUCGACAGAGCCUGUUGCAGCACCUCCUUCGACUUCCACCUCAGCUACCCCCUUGCCCUCGAGUGAGACUGAAUCCCCCCUGCGGUCUGGACUGGAUGGACCUCAGUCAAUAGCAGGAUCGACACCUCCUCCACCUCCAGCAUCAUCGGCAUCGUCUGCACCAGCAUCUAGCCCGGCAACGACUGCGCCAGCUCCCGCUGCUUCUUCGGCACCCUCAGAGGCAGUUGCCCGUCCAGAGACGGGAUCAGGUGACAAUGCUGCUGGUAGUGGAUCCACUUCUGGAACUCCAGUACCACCGUCGACAACUUCCUCAACGUCCGCCCCUGCAGCACCAGCUACUUAUAAUGACGAAGAUGCAGAGAUGGAAGAGGGUGAAGUGAGAGAGGACGGAGAGUUGUAA